AUGUCAGAUCUGCGGGCAAAAUGGCAAGAUCAUGCGGAACAAAUCACACAACUGAAGUCGGAAAAUGAGCACUUGCGGAACGACAAGGAAAGUCUCAGGGACGACUACAAGAACUUGAAGAAUGACUUUGAUAACAUGAGGAAAGAGCACGAAAACCUCAAGUCUUCCUUGCAGGAACAUCUCCGGGAAAGGGAAAAACCUGAACUUCAACUGAACACCACUGAAGGAAGACUCCAAUAUCUGGAAGCUAUUAGCUUACAAAUAGCUCCCCGAACAUGUCAGACGUUGGCAGACCUGGGCGGGAAACGGACAGGAGAAUAUUUCAUGGAUCCUGACGGGAUCGGCGAUGCACCCAUCAAAGUGCUCUGUGACAUGGAGACAGUUCCAGUAUCCACGAUCGUUCUCCAUGAUUCGAUGGCCGAUACGAAGAUCGAUCCCUGCGCUGGUCCUGACUGCUACAGGCGAAAAAUCAAGUACGAGGCAUCGCUCAGACAGAUGGUAGCUUUGAUCGAUCAGUCGACGCAUUGCAGUCAGGAAAUACGGUUUGACUGCUUUUCAACGGCCUUGAGUAUCGGAGAAAGGCGGCAGGCAUGGUGGGUGGACCGACACGGGAAUCCUCAGGAUUACUGGGAUGGGUCAAACGGAGGAAAACACGUAUGCAGAUGCGGUCUCUCCAACAACUGUACGGACAAAGCGCUGUCGUGCAACUGCGACGCAAAAGCCCCACAUUGGGAGUCUGACUCGGGAGCGAUCACCAACCGAACUUCCCUCCCCUUAACUGAGCUGCGAUUCGGGGGAUUACAAUUUGCGGGUCAGAAGGCGAAAUACACACUGGGCGGAUUAGCUUGCAAAGGCAAGGCUCCUUCGUCGGAGAAUCCAGCAGAAUCGUGCUCGUCUCUCCGCCGAGCCGGAAACCCUCGUUCGGGUUAUUACCUGGUCCAGAAAAAAAAAGGACGGUUGGACGUCGUCCUCUGUCAGAUGGACUUUGAGGACUCCGACGCGGGCUUCCAGCUGGAUACUGGUGCCCGCAUCGCUGUGAAAGGCGUCUAUUUUCAUGCCUACCGCACUAACAUUUGGUGA